GCGAAAUAAAUUCGUCAGUUCGUUAUUAUUUUUUUCUGUAUUUUUUUGUGAAAUUUAAAUCGAUUCAAUCUGGCUUCAUCAUUAUCAUCAUCGCCUUCUUCAUCACCAUUAAGUCAUCAAUAUUAUUAUUAUAGCAAAAUGUUGCCAUUCGAAACGCCCACCAUAUUUGAACAACUACCUCGAUUCAUAUUUCAAAUGCCAAGAGUAGUUACCGAUCAAAAAGCUAAAUUUGAAAAUGAUGAAUUGUUUAGAAAAUUAUCAAGAGAAAGUGAGAUUCGUUACACUGGUUAUCGUGAUCGACCACUUGAAGAACGGCAAAUACGUUUCAUCAAUGGAUGUCGUGAAGGUCAUACAGAUAUUGCAUUUGUAUCGACUGGUACGAAUCUACAACUUUUAUUUAAUCCAUUGGCCAAUGCAUUCACCGGCAAUGAUUACUGUGAUUUUGAUAAGGAAAAAGGCAAGGUUCAUAUCCGAUCAUCAAUGAUAAUCGAUGGUGUAUGCAUACGAUGGCGUGGCUAUAUUGAUCUCGAACGUUUAGAUGGCAUUGGUUGUUUGGAAUAUGAUGAAGAUCGCGGCCGAAUCGAGGAUGCAAUCUUAAGACAACAAAUUGAACAAUAUAAAUUACGAAUGAGAGAAUUUGAAGAAAGACAACGUCUAUAUAAAUUAGCACAAGCUGAACAUCAAAAGAAAAACAAUUCCAAUGCACAUAAUGCUAAUAAUAAUAAUAAUGCGACAGCAGCAGCAGCUAUGGUCACGUCGGCAACGACUACGAUGACCACUACCGCAACAGCAACAAUAACAUCAACGACAACAACCACAUUGGCCACAACGACGCCACCAGUCAAUCUUAGUAAAGGCGAGCUUCGAAAAUAUCAUAUCGAAAAUAUUCUCAGUGGAAACAUGUCCAACCAUAAUAAUAAUAAUAAUAAUCACCAUCCUGUUCACCAUGGACAUCAUAAUCAUCAUCGUAAUCAUAAUCAUCAUCAUAAUCAUAACCAUCCCGAGAAUCAUCACCAUCAUCCUCAUUCUCGCAUCAUAAUUGUAAAUAAAUAA